AAACUCGAGGCGUGAACGUGGCAGCCAUUUUACAUCAUCAAGAGUGAAUGACUGAAGCCGGAUCAGUGCCGGGAGUUUUACACUUUUUCUGUCUUUUAAAUAUCACAUUUAUCUUCCUAAAUAAUCAACACCAUACACGUUGGUGAUCCAGCGGCAGAUUUCUGGAGACAUGGCCACAGAACAUAUUAAUGGAAAUGGUCCAGAAGAACCAAUGGACACCUCUGCUGCAGUUACCCAUUCUGAGCACUUCCAGACUUUAUUAGAAGCUGGUUUACCACAGAAAGUUGCUGAAAAACUAGAUGAAAUUUACAUAGCAGGUUUGGUGUCACACAGUGACUUAGAUGAUCGAGCGAUCGAGGCUCUGAAAGAAUUCAACGAAGAAGGUGCUCUGCAAGUCCUUUUGCAAUUUAAGGACAGCGACCUCUCACAUGUUCAGAACAAAAGUGCCUUUCUUUGUGGCGUGAUGAAGACGUACAGACAGAGAGAGAAACAAGGGACCAAAGUGUCAGACACCAAUAAAGGACCAGAUGAAGCCAAAAUCAAAGCUUUGCUGGAGAGGACUGGCUACACACUUGAUGUGACAACAGGCCAGAGGAAGUAUGGAGGUCCCCCGCCAGAGUCUGCUCACUCAGGGGCACAGCCCACCAUCGGUACAGAGAUAUUUGUAGGCAAAAUCCCCAGAGAUCUCUUUGAGGACGAGCUGGUUCCACUGUUUGAGAAAGCUGGCCCCAUCUGGGACUUGCGCCUGAUGAUGGAUCCUCUCAGUGGCCUGAACAGAGGCUACGCCUUUGUCACUUUCUGCACUAAAGAAGCUGCACAGCAGGCUGUCAAAUUGUGCAACAACAAUGAAAUUCGACCGGGUAAACACAUCGGCGUGUGCAUCUCUGUGGCCAAUAAUAGACUGUUUGUUGGCUCCAUCCCCAAGAGUAAAACAAAAGAGCAGAUUGUUGAAGAAUUUGCAAAAGUCACAGAGGGUCUAAAUGAUGUCAUAUUAUACCACCAGCCAGACGACAAGAAGAAAAAUCGAGGCUUUUGCUUCCUGGAGUAUGAAGACCACAAGACGGCAGCUCAGGCCCGCCGCCGGCUCAUGAGCGGCAAGGUGAAGGUGUGGGGCAAUGUGGUCACCGUGGAGUGGGCUGAUCCCAUCGAGGACCCAGACCCAGAGGUCAUGGCCAAGGUCAAGGUGCUGUUUGUGAGGAACUUGGCGAGCACUGUUACAGAAGAGAUACUUGAAAAGGCCUUCAGUCAGUUUGGCAAACUGGAGCGGGUGAAAAAAUUGAAAGACUAUGCCUUCAUCCACUUCGAGGAAAGAGAUGGUGCUGUGAAGGCUUUGGCUGAUCUCAACGGCAAAGACCUGGAGGGUGAGCACAUUGAAAUUGUCUUCGCCAAACCCCCCGACCAGAAGAGGAAAGAGCGCAAAGCCCAGAGACAAGCCGCUAAAACACAAAUGUAUGAUGAAUACUAUUAUUACGGGCCUCCCCACAUGCCACCACCCACAAGAGGCAGAGGCCGAGGUGGGCGGGGAGGUUAUUCGUACCCCCCUGACUAUUAUGGCUAUGAAGACUAUUACGAUUACUACGGAUACGACUACCACAACUAUCGGGGCGGCUAUGAGGACCCGUACUAUGGCUAUGACGACUUCCAGGGGUCCGGGAGAGUACGAGGAGCGAGGGGAGGAGUCCGUGGAGGUGCCAGUCAGACCAGGGGCCGUGGUGGCGUCACACCGAGGGGCCGAGUGGGCUUCUCCCAGCGAGGGGGCCCUGGAACAAGCAGAGCAGGGAAACGGGGCCGAGGGCGGUCCUGACCUGUCACAGUGGAUACUGACUUGAUGUGUGGGGUUACACCGUAAGCUGCAAUGGAUGUUGAAACAAAAAAAAAGAAAAAAAGAGCACGACAAAAAGGUCCAAUGAUAUUCCAGCCUUACAGAAGAAGCAUCUUCCCCCUCCCCCCAUGUUUUUUUAUUUUUAUUUGUUUCUGAAACUGCCACCUUAAAAAAAAAGAAAGGAAAAAAAAA